UUCCAACUAGUUCACCUGUUAGCAGUGCUGAGAGCUUUGGAGGUUGGAUGAAGGGAGCAUUUAUCACGGAUUUCUUAUUCUUGUCUGACGUUGUGUCGGUGUAAACUAAUAGCAUUAAUUCUGCGGAAUAGCCUACGUGCCAAAUCGGCAUUGCGACCAGAUAAGCUAUGUCUCUGCUUGCGAAACGGCACCUGUUUUCGUGGUUGUUCGUCGCGUCGAGUCUACAGGUAUCGAGUUUACAUUUCGCACAGGCAACAUACAUAUGCACAGCAUAUCUCAACGUAUCUUUUGUUGCCCCACAAAGCAACGAAACUAUCUGGCGAUACGAAGAAAUCGGACUAUACGGACAAGACUCGCCAAAGGCGUCUGUAGUUGGAGACGUAUACUUUCCAGACCCAAUAUACGGUUGUAGCGAAGGCACUGUUUAUAACAUUCCCAACGGAUCCAAAGGCUGGAUAGCCCUCAUACAACGUGGAAAUGGGUGCACAUUUUCAGAGAAAAUCAACGUCGCGGCCAGCAAAGGAGCAAUUGGAGCAGUUAUAUUUAACAAUGUUGGCAGUGAUAACCGGGUCAUACAAAUGUCCCAUCCAGGCACGGGUGACACAGUGGCCGUUAUGAUCGGACACCUCCGUGGGAUGGAGAUGGUGCGUCUGCUGAGUGAGGGCGUCCCGCUCACCUUGUCCAUCGAGGUGGGCAAGCAGCACGGGCCCUGGAUGAGCCACUACUCCGUCUUCUUCGUGUCCAUCUCCUUCUUCGUGGUCACCGCGGCGACCGUGGGCUACUUCAUCUUCUACUCGGCCCGGCGACUCAACACUGUCCGGCUGCAGAACCGCAAACAGAAGCAGCUGAAGGCCGAAGCAAAGAAGGCGAUUGGUCAGCUGCAAGUCCGCACACUCAAACAGGGAGAUGAGGAGACGGGGCCAGACGCAGACACCUGUGCAGUUUGCAUCGAUGCGUACAAGGCCGGAGAUGUGCUCUCCAUUCUCACGUGCAAUCAUUUGUUCCAUAAGCAGUGCAUUGAGCCUUGGUUACUGGAACACAGAACGUGUCCGAUGUGCAAGUGCGACAUCCUCAAGGCCCUGGGAGUGGAGCCUGACAUAGAGGAGCCGCCCCAGGAGAUCACCGUGCCUCCAGAGAUGUUCUCAUUUCCCAACGUGACCGAAGACACUCGCAGUGAGACGGCCUCGUCCGGCUACGCCUCCAUCCAGGGCUUGGAGCACCACAGCCCAGUGGAGGACACUCCACACUCCAGCCCUGAGUCCAUCCCUGACCUUGCAUCAGUUCAAGUGGACGUCCAGCCACAUUACGACAACCUUGCCUUUGAGAGCGAUAGCCAGAGAGACCCCAGAACAUGAGUGCCGAAUAUGCAACCACACACACACACACACACACACACACACACACACACACACACACACACAAAUUCACACACAGUCACAUCCAAGUCUCCUUUGAUCUUUUGGACUUAGUUAAACUCAGGUUGGCCUAACUCUAUCUAUGCAUAUCAUUGCAAUCCCCACCCCACCCCUCUUCUCCACACAUACACACACACACACACACAAACACACAAACAAAGGCUAAUUUAGCAGGAGUGGUAUCUAUGCAUAUUAGUUUUCAUUAUUUUGAUAUCAAAUCUCUGCAGAGUAUCUCUGCUUCAGGCCAGGACAGGCUGGCCAUCAGAACACUGUAAUUGUAUGUAAUGUAAGUAAUUUGAAUCUGUAGGUUAGUUAUUUGAUUGUCUGUCAUCAAUCAUUGUGUCUUAAGCUAUGUGUUUUAAUAGCUGAAAUUCCUCUAUGCCGAUAGGACAGUUUUCUGUGUGUUUUAACAGUACCAGUGAUGGAUCAUGAGAUCUCAGACCACAAGCCAGACAUUUUCUUUGUUGCUUUGCUAUCUUCUCUUUUAAAUGUACAUUUUGUGUGAGUGUGUGUGUAUAUAUUGAGUGUAUGGGAUUGUCCAUGUAUGUGUGUUUGUGUUUGAGAGAGAGAGAGAGAGAGGAGAGAGAGAGCAGAAGAGAGAGAGAGUGGAUGCAGUAGUAUGAAUGAAGCUUUAUUUUUUUAGCAGAAGGAUGGCAUUCAGAGAGGCUUUUGGACACAGUUUAGUACUUUUUUCUACGUUUGUACAGAGUGCAUUCCAGAGCAGCGUGUGUGUAAACAAGGCCUUAUCACUUUCUGCCUGAAAAUACGGACAUCAGUUCACAUGUCCCUGUUUAAAAAAUACCUGUAGUGCUCCAUCUGCUGUCUGUGUGUAAAACUGUCAGCUGUACCUUCGCCAGUGGCAAACGCAAGUGCAUGUGUGAGACCACAGUAUGUUCCUUUUUUUUUUAAAUGAAAAUGGGUGUUAUGUAACAUCUCAAAGAAAAUUGUUGUGCUUUUUUCAUUUUAUUGGUUAUCAUGUUCUUGAAUAGUUUGUUGAUUCCUCUUUCAUGUAGGUGAACCUGUGUGAAAAAAAAUAAUCAUGUCAUUGAGUGAUUACCAUUGUAAAUGUUGUGAAACCCCUACUUUUAUACAGGGAUAGAUGCUAGUCCUCCAAAUGACAUUUUGUAUGUAAUGCUAUCUUUUUUUCCAGAGAUAUCCCUGAAAAAAAAAAGAAAUUGUUUUGUUUUUCAGUACUCACCUGGUCUUACACCGUGAAGUCAUGUGCUCUGGUAUAAACUGGCUGUGCAGAUAGUGUGCCUUAAAAUGUGAUCAUCUACAGUAGAAAUGAAUUAUUUCCUAAUAUUUCAUACAAAAGAUGUGUUCUCACUUCAUGAAAUUAAUAGUUUCUGCAUGCACUUUACAAGAAUGAUUUGAUCUCAGUUGCAGUUUUUUCUUUGCUUGAAGGUUCCAGUUCUUCGUAAUGAAGAGCUUUUAAGUGUUUUUGAUUAAUGUUAAGGGACAAAAGGAAUUCUUACCUUUUCAUUGUUAACUUGGGUUGUGUUGGGUCUUUGAUAACAGCUAUAUAUUGCAAAAAGAAAUUAAUAAAUUCUUGUUUUAUGAAAACUG